ACGGGUGGGGUGGGGAGGCGCUGCCGACGAGCAAGAACGAGAGAACCGAGAGACCUGGGGGUGAAUCCGGGGCCUCCCUGAAGCUGAGCGAAGACCCUCCCUAAACAGACACUUGGGUUUCCAAGAAGGGGGCCUAUAUUUUUCUCUCCCUGCGGCUAGGUUGAGAGGGGCACUGAACCUAUAAGAACUCAAGAAGCAGGGGCGCUUCCCUCUCCACCAUCCCCCACCAGGCUUCCAGGACUGUGACUUUGUCUCCCGCUUGUUCCGACCUUGAGCCGCCCUUGCACCACCUGGGCCGCCCUCCCGAAUGCCCCGCCGCCGGCUCGGCCCGGGCAGGGAGGCCCUGGACGUGGAAGGGGACUGGCUCGGGGCGGAGCGGCCUAGAGUUCACUUCUGUGUUGCCGAGUUGCAAACUCAGGCAGACGCGGGGGAGCGCAUUCCUGGCCCCGCGUCGCGUCGCGUCGCGGCGCUUACAGGGGCGCCAUGAGAAAAACGUCGAGUGCAGCUUCGGUCCAGAACCGUACAAACCCUAUUUUUUGCAAUCUGUGCCUCUAGGGGUUAACUUGAAACCCGAGGAACUCCAAUAGAGAGAAAACAGCGUCCGCGAAGCCCAGCGGCUGCGGGGCACCGGGGAGGCAGUGGCCUCCGAGUCGCGCGCCCCGGCGGGUCGUGGGUAGUCUCCAGGCCCGAUCCCGGAGCCCGCACUUGUCACCCGCCAUCCCGUUCAGCAUCGGCGGCAGGGGGCCGAAGCCCCGAGAGGGCGGAGACGGAGCUGGCACCGGCGCUGCUCCGGCAGCUGCGCGGACGCGCGCGCGCGGGCGGGUGGCCGGAGGGGGCGCGGGCGCCUAGGGGCGUGUCUGGAAACGCCCGCCUCCGCAGGCCGCCGCGCCCGGCGCUACUUAAGGCGGCGGAGCCCGCGCGCCGCGUCUCUCCGCAGGCCCCGGCCGCGGCGUCUUCUGUAGACUUGUACGCGGAAGGCGCGAUGGAGCGGCCGGCCCCCCUGGCGGUGCUGCCCUUCUCGGACCCGGCGCACGCCCUGAGCCUGCUGCGCGGCCUGAGUCAGCUCCGCGCCGAGCGCAAGUUCCUGGACGUGACGCUGGAGGCGGCGGGCGGGCGCGACUUCCCUGCGCACCGCGCCGUGCUGGCCGCCGCCAGCCCCUACUUCCGCGCCAUGUUCGCCGGGCAGCUGCGCGAGAGCCGCGCCGAGCGGGUGCGCCUACACGGGGUGCCGCCCGACAUGCUGCAGCUGCUGCUGGACUUCAGCUACACGGGCCGCGUGGCCGUGAGCGGCGACAACGCCGAGCCCCUGCUGCGCGCCGCCGACCUGCUGCAGUUCCCCGCCGUGAAGGAGGCGUGCGGCGCUUUCCUGCAGCAGCAGCUCGACCUGGCCAACUGCCUGGAUAUGCAGGACUUCGCCGAGGCCUUCAGCUGCGCGGGGCUGGCGAGCGCGGCGCAGCGCUUCAUCCUGCGCCACGUGGGCGAGCUGGGCGCCGAACAGCUGGAGCGCCUGCCGCUCGGCCGGCUGCUGCGCUACCUGCGCGACGACGGGCUGUGCGUGCCCAAGGAGGAGGCCGCCUACCAGCUGGCGCUGCGCUGGGUGCGAGCCGACCCGCCGCGCCGCGCCGCGCACUGGCCACAGCUGCUGGAGGCCGUGCGCCUGCCCUUCGUGCGCCGCUUCUACCUGCUGGCGCACGUCGAGGCCGAACCGCUGGUGGCCCGCUGUCCGCCUUGCCUGCGGCUGCUGCGCGAGGCGCGCGACUUCCAGGCUGCACGCUACGACCGUCACGACCGCGGGCCGUGCCCCCGCAUGCGCCCGCGCCCCUCCACCGGCCUCGCUGAGAUCCUCGUACUGGUGGGCGGCUGCGACCAGGACUGCGACGAGCUGGUCACCGUCGACUGCUACAACCCUCAGACAGGCCAGUGGCGCUACCUGGCUGAGUUCCCUGAUCACCUGGGCGGGGGUUAUAGCAUCGUGGCGCUGGGCAACGACAUCUAUGUGACAGGUGGAUCUGACGGCUCCCGGCUCUACGACUGCGUGUGGAGGUACAACUCGAGCGUGAACGAGUGGACAGAGGUGGCACCCAUGCUGAAGGCCCGCGAGUACCACAGCUCCUCCGUGUUGGACGGGCUUCUCUACGUGGUGGCCGCAGACAGCACGGAGCGCUACGACCACAAGGCCGACUCCUGGGAGGCGCUGCGCCCCAUGACCUACCCCACGGACAACUGUUCCACCACCGCAUGCCGCGGGCGCCUCUACGCCAUCGGGUCCCUGCCUGGCAAAGAGACCAUGGUGAUGCAGUGCUACGAGCCGGACACCAACUUGUGGUCGCUGGUGGACUGUGGCCAGCUCCCGCCCUGGUCCUUUGCACCCAAGACAGUGACGCUAAAUGGACUCAUGUACUUUGUCAGGGAUGAUUCUGCGGAGGUGGAUGUGUACAACCCCACGAAGAACGAAUGGGACAAGAUCCCAUCUAUGAAUCAGGUGCACGUGGGUGGCAGCCUGGCUGUACUAGGUGGGAAGCUGUAUGUGUCCGGUGGCUAUGACAACACCUUUGAGCUCUCGGAUGUGGUGGAGGCCUAUGACCCGGAGGCACGGGCGUGGAGCGUGGUGGGACGGCUCCCAGAGCCCACCUUCUGGCACAGUAGUGUCAGCAUCUUCCGCCAGUUCAUGCCGCAGACUCCUCUGGGUGGCCGUGGCUUUGAGCUGGACAGUCGGGGCACUGAGGAGGACGCAGGUCAUCGCCAGCCAGCACGGAACCCCGAGGCGCUGCACUAGCCCAGGCCUUGCCCGGGGAGGGCCUCCGGGAAGUGUGCUCUGUGGGGGUGGAGACCCCCUCCUGUGUACAGGCGGAGCCUGAGCCUGGGAUCCAUUCCUGCCUUUUUGUGCACUUCGGGCCAGGGCCCCAGCUUCUGGGGCCGGGCUCACUGUGAAUGCUGCGCUGGUCCUGGUGUCUGGCUCUCGGAGGUCUUAUAGCUCACUCAGACAGCAUACACUCCGCCUGCUGCCACUUCCCACAGCUCCUUACCCCCCACCUUGGGGGCAGCAGGCACAAGGUCCCUUUCAGGGUCAGAAGCGGCCUGGGCACUGGCCGAGCAGACUGUGGGUGCGGUAGGGCCCCAGACUGUAGUGUCCCAGGUGUCCCUAGCACAGGGCUUCCUCCAGGCUAGCUCAGCCACUUCCCCUGUGGAAACGGGACAUGAGCCUGCAUGGGCCCUGAGUGCCUUGUGGUUGAUGCUGGGUCUCUCUGCGCCUGCCAGGGAGACCUCCUUGGGCAAGGAGACUCCCCUGGGACCCUGCCCAGGCCAUGGGAGGGGAGCCCAAGGAGAGGGCGGCCAGCCAGUGCGAGGUCACAGCUGCUCCCUGUCGUCCACAGCUGGCCAGGCCACUGUGCCCAGCCCUCCUCCCCAAGCUGGCUGAGGAAUCCUCCUUAGACAGGAAGCCUGAACAGCAGGGGGGUGGGGAGAAGGGAGCCAGAGCCUAGCUUGCCUUGUUUUAAUUUUCAGUCCCAUAAAGUGCCAUUGCCAGUGCUGUCUGCCAGAGCAGGUGACAGCAGGUAUGCCCAGGGAGGCAACUUGGGGACCCCUAGUGACCUCUUGGGAGGGAGACAUUUCUGUGGGUUGUUGAGUUUGAUCCCUUCUCGGUGCCUAAAGUGGCCUCCACUUGGAUCUGGCCCCAUCUUCUCCAGGGCCGGGCAUUAGGACUGUGUCAGGUGACAGAAAGGCCUUUUCCCACUGACCUGACUCCUGCAGUGAGUUCUCACAUGGACGCUGUCACUCAUGAGCAGUACUGAACCCCGAAGUGGCCAGAUCGCAGGGGCUGUUGCCUUAAUUUCUUCCAAGUCGCCAGACAGGCCCUUCCAAGUCCGCCUUCUCCGUUUGGUGCCAUGUGCUGUGUGUGUCACUGCAUUGUGCUAGAAAGUGCCCCGUCCAGUCUGCCUGUCACUGCUGUCCAGGGCGGGCUCCUGAUCCCUGAGCCUGGCAGCCUUCUUGCUCUAUUGUGGUGGCCACACAGAUGGGCACUGGGUUGUGUCCCUCUGUGCCCCAGAGCUGCCCAGGUCACCAUUGUCAGGACCAGGCCUUGGUAUUAAAAGAGCAGGCACUGCCAGCCUCCGCUAUAGGUUCCACAGCCUGCAGGCCCACCUGGGGGUUCCCAUCUGACGCCACAGGCGCUUCGGGUUGGGUCCCCACUGUCAUAGGCAUCUCCACCCAGGAUGGGAUUUUCCCUACACAGUUACAUGCAUGGGACUUGUCUGCAAAACAUUAAGUUAUGGAAGCUCAGUGACUGAUAUUUAAUGCUGAUGUAUAAUGUAUUCUAUAUUUAUAUGAGCAGAGUCUCUUAAGGACACACCCUGCAGUGUCCCAAGUCCAAUCACACCCCAGAGGUGGACACAUACGUGUAUUUAUUUUCGUCUGUUCUACAGGCCGAAGUCUCUAGAAUGUUGCCUCCAGGUUUUAGGAUGCCUUCAGUACUUUUUGAAAUAAAGAUAUU